CCAUGAAAAUGCUCUGAGCCCACAAACACAAAACACACGACGACCCAUAAACGGAAAAAAGCGGAGAGUGGGCCAUAAAAAAGGUUUGGCUGCAAGUCAGGCCUAAAGCCCGUUCGCUUUAUGGUCAAUUAGAGAGCAACUCAUUUGCAUUUUAGCUGGGAAAUGGCCAAGUGCGAAUGUCUCCUGGUUUUAGUGAUGCUGCUGCUGGGCACAACUCAAGCCUGGAAAUGCCUCUACGAAGAAUUCAACUUGGAUCCCGAAAAGAUGAAGGGCGGCUGGUAUGUUUAUGGGACAUAUCCGGAGAAGAUUCCCAUGUGCUACUUUGAAGAUUUGGAUCCCUAUUGGACGCGAAUCACCCAGACAGACUACUCUAGCUACGCUGUGGAACUCCAUUGCAGCCUGCCCUGGAUGCGUCCCCAGAUGGCCAUCUAUACCCGUGCUAAGAGGCCCACAGCGGAUACCCUCCGCGAGAUAGAUGCCUAUCUGCAGAGUGUCCAGCUCACCAGAGACCAGUUUAUUCUUAUCAGAAAGACAAGAGGCUGCAAGAAUGUCAAGCAUAAACCCCUGCAGAGCUGGCACUUGUCCAGCUACACGUAUCUCAAGUACCAUCCGCAUAAUAUCAAGCCCUUGAUAAAGAAUCCCAAUAUCUGAGCCACUCUUUCUUCUCUCUCAGUUGGCUCCAAACUUUCUUUACCACGAAAAUUUACAUAUGCAAAAUUUGGUAAAAAUAUGCGAAUGUCUCUGCAGACCGACCCUGAAAUGCUCUGCAGAGCAAUUAAAAUCGAUGCU